GAAGUAUGCAUGUGUGCGUACACGUUCCCUACUACAAAGUUUCUUUUAAUGUCUACGAAAUCAUAUGAUACCUUAAAAUUAAUUGAUUUUGCUACAUGUGAAGAGACUUUUAAAUGCAACUAACAACAACAGACAGCAUCAUUUGUUAAAGCAAAGACUUACUAUACUAUUCUUCUGUAAAACCUAAUUACUCAAUAAUGCCAAGAAAUCCAACACUCCAUAGACCAGUGGAAGUUAAAGACUUUGAACACUGCUAUCAUAGACAUGUUUUGGUUAGAAGAUUUGUGGAGGUAGGUCUGUCGAAAUAAAAUUGUUUUGAAAAUUUCGUAAUAUUUCUUCACUUAUCAACCAAGUCUGUUAUUUGUUAAUUUUUAAUUAUUUACUUGCUCUUUUUGAACACAAAUAGUGUAUAAAUCAUUGUCCAUUGUUGUCAUUUGAAGAUUUAACCAUGCUUGUGUCUGUGAGGUCGAACGUCAUCUCGGUAUGAAUUCAAACAAUUUAAUGGGCGGUCGUCCUAACCUACCAAAUGGAUAUACACAAAGAUCCUACUCAAAAUAUUCAGCCGUCAACAACAGUAGCUCAAUGGCACAGAAAGAAAUUGACUGUAUCAAGCAAAUUGAAAGACACCUACCAUUGGAAUAUCCAUGUAUUACAAUCUUUUUCUCUGACAUGGACAGUGAAUUAGAAAAGAGGGUAAUACUGUUUAUCGCAAGACGUUGGGAUCGGGACGAUCCGUUCGCCAGUAUUUCGCCACUAGUAAGUGAACUGGAAUCAAGAAAUGGCAGUGGAUGGAAAUUUGAACGAGUGGUUAAUCCGAUUAAGGUGGGUCGCGCAAAUUCUUAUGUAAAACCAAAAUCAACGUUUUGUUUUCGACUGGAACCGGAUCAGUAUAUAUACAAGUUUUACAGAGAUGAUGAACAUCACCACAGCCGUUAAAUAUGGAACAAAAAAACAUUUAUUACCCUGCAGUGUUUGUUCAUGUUUUGCUCUCUCUCUCUCUCUGUCUCUAUAUAUAUAUAUAUAUAUAUAUAUAUAUAGUUUCGAAUUUAAAAACGUGAUUGUUUCUCCUAGUUAUGAAAUUAUGUGAAGAAAUUGCAUAACAAAUAUACAUAUGAUGGAUUAAAUCUUUUUCUAUUACACAAUGUUUUCACCCACUUAUUAUUUAGUUCAAGUGAAUUCUUUUCUGUUCAGAAAUAAACCAAAUAAUAAAGUGUCUUAUAA